CGGUCGGUUGACCCCAAGUCAUGAUCUAGCUCACUGAAGCUAGGGUAGCAAGCAACCAACCCUCCCUUCCAUCAACCUACCCUCCUCUUCCUCCUCUUCUCCCUCUAUCUUCCCCGUUUCCAUUCCAUCCCUUCUUCCGUCUCACCCUCCCCCUCUCUUCUUCCUUCUCUUCCAUUCCCUCACCCAACCACACGCCCUCCGGGUUCAUUAUCACGAGUGUUCAACAAACCUCUAGCCUCAUCGUCACAAAUAUCCGACCAUGGAUACCCUCCCGCCAGAAAUUCUUCACAAUAUCCUCAAGCCGGAGAAUCACCCCGCUACCGGUUCAUCGGCCAAGGGAUCCUACUUGAGAUUGCGCCUUGUCUGUCGUACUUUCAGUGAUAUUAUUGCGCCACACGCAUUCGCCAGUCUUUGCAUCACCGACGAUGAAUGCACCCUAGAUCGUCUAUCCAACAUUUCCGGACGCGCAAAUCUUGCUCCCUUGUUGAAGUCGUAUAUUUUCCACUUCAGCGAGCCUCCUAUCAUUACACCCUCCAACAUGAAAGACUACUUGAAGGUUAUUUCCCUACCCAAAGAAUUGUAUGCGGAAACCAUGUCGGCGCACACCGAACCAUGCCGUCAACUAAUUUCUCGCCUCACCCGAAUCCUGAACUUCCAAAUUUCGGGGGAUAUUGAGAGGGUUCAUGUAAAGCUUCUCUCCGAAUCUUUCCCGAAUCUCCAAACCGUUGGCAUCACCGUCCACCCUGCCCAGACCCUCUCUGACAUACUGCCCAACUUGGACAUUACCACUAGCCAUAGCGGCAGUAGCAAUUGGGGGCCACUUGUCUUUCGCGCCUUCCUCAAAGGCCUUACCCUCCGUGCCGAGUCCACCGCUGGGUUAAAACCUAUCACCACUAUUUCUAUACAGGGUCUCAUUGCAGACUGCCUCUUUCUUUCCGGUGACUUCCUUGACAAGGCAUCAGUCGGGAUGAGAGCCAUCCGAGAAGCCAACUUCUCCAUGACAAUGGCGCAGUCCCUUCAUGAUGGCACAACCCCAAGUUGGCUCUACCCCGUCGGCCGGCUGCUUCGUGCUUCAGAGGAUCUUAAGCAUCUAACCCUCAGCACCAUCGCCUACCCUAGGCUAAAUUCUCUGGUGCACUUUACUCCCAUAAUCUCAGGGCCAACAAAAACUCCAACGGUUCACCAUUGGAAACACCUCACUAAACUCUUCCUCCAACACGCUUUCAUUCCCCGCAAGCUCUUCAAAACCUUUCUAACAAUCCACAAACAAACACUUUCGCAAAUAUUUUUACACAAAUGCGACAUUAUCGAUCAUAACCGUGUCUCAAUGCUCAUGCACGCCAACGUUUUCACCAACUCAGACCCACAAGAAUCCCACCCGGCGCCCUGGAUAGACAUCUUCCGCCACCUCCGCUCAACAAACAAACCAGUCCUAGUCACCCUCUCACUAAAGUACCUCUCAGAAGGUAAAAUAGCGCACGAGCACCACCUCCGCCAGUCCCAAGUCCGCGAGUGGCAAAAGUGGAUAAUGCAAUCCCCAAGCGAAACCAUUCCAGAACCCCCCGUCAACCCAGACCCCGAACAGAGCCCGGAUGGAGUAGACUCGGAGUUCGAUCACGAGGAUACGCACUGGUGCCAGGAUUGCAGCCAGCUUAGCUAUGACAGCGAUGGUGACGACGACGGAAUUUUCGGAAUUGAGUGUGUGCGCGCGCGCUCUCUUGAACAAGACUAG